AUGAGAGGGGUGAAGGUACGAUAUCUGAAUUUUGAAGUGCGACUGGAAAUAGAGCUGGAUCGGUCCAAGCAACAAGACCAGAACUUAUCGUACUCCAGUUUCUCAAGCAAUUUACAGGGACAGGGUGUUGAAGCCAAUGUCUUUUCGUAUGGUUAUGGUUUUCGUAUGGUUAUGGUCCGUUCAAACGGGUCAAAUUUUCUUGAGAGUUUUGCUUGUUUGGGCUUGGCUCUUUGCCUCUUUGUGUUUUUGGUACUUGGCAUCGGUUGCACUGUCCGCAUGGUUGUCGAUUUGCCGUCAGGGACUUCGGGGUAG